AUGUUUCGACGUAUAUUAUCAAAUAAUGUAUAUUUUUCUUUUGAACAAACAUCAAAUCUUUUAUCAUUAUUUAAAAAACGAAUAAUUUUACAAACAUAUUAUCAUACUGAUUCAGUUGAUGGAAGUUUUCCAGAAGAAACAUUUGAUGAACAACGUCUUUCGUCACAAGAAGCAUCAGGAAUAUUACGAACACAUGAAGCUAGUAUUGAUCUUGAAGCAAAUUGUCCAGUAAAAUAUUACGAAGUUAAUUAUCUUGGUGCUAAUAAUCCACCCGAGGAUCGACAAGCACAAGCUCGUAUACGUUCACCUGAUUCAAAUACAUAUCUAUUUGGUGUAUUUGAUGGACAUGGUGGUCCAUGGUGUUCAGAUGUUGUUGGUCAACGUUUAUUUGAAUAUAUUGCUGUAACAUUACAUCCACCAAAUGAUUUAGAAAGAAUAAUGCAAGAAGGUAAACGUUUAAUGAAUAUACAUCAAACUCAUACACAUGGUCAUGAUAAAGCAUCAUUAAAUAAUUUAACAUCAUUACUUCUUCAUUCAUAUUAUAAUGCAUAUAAAGAUACAAGAAAUUCAAAAAUAAAAGAAAUCCAUCAAAUGAAUUUAUUAAAACAUAUUGAAGAUCUUUAUACAACAAUUGAUCAUGAUAAUACAGAUAUUGUUGCUGCAUUAGAAAGUGCAUUUAUUAAAUUAGAUCGAGAUAUAUGUGCUGAAGCAAUACCUACUGGUACACAACAAGUUGAUGAAGAUUUAUUACAAAUUUGUACAGCUGGUUCAUGUGCAUGUGUUGCUUUAGUUAAAGAUGAUAAUCUUUAUAUUGCUAAUUGUGGUGAUGCACGAGCUGUUCUUGGUACUAUUGAUGACGAAGGCAAUCAAACAGUUGUUCAUCUUUCUCAAGAUCAUAAUGUACGUAAUCAAGCUGAAGUAAAACGAGUUUUAUGUGAACAUCCAAUAAAUGAAGCAAAUUCCGUAAUACGUAGUGAUCGUUUACUUGGUUUAUUAAUGCCAUUUCGUGCAUUUGGUGAUAUACGUUUUAAAUGGCCAGCUAAUUAUCUUCGCGAAUAUUUACAACCAUAUUAUAAAAAAGGCGAUGCUAUACCACAAUUUUAUUUAACACCACCAUAUUUAACUGUUCGUCCUGAUAUAUCAAAACAUAAAUUAACAAAAAAAGAUAAAUUUCUUGUUUUAGCUACAGAUGGUGUUUGGGAUUUAUUAUCAUCUGAAAGAGUUGUACAACUUAUAUUUAAUCAUCAAAAAGGUAUACAAAGUUUUGAUCGUUUUGUAUUACAUAAAAGUGGUAGUACAGCAACACUUAAAUUAAAAGAAAUUAAUGAAUUAUUACUUGCAAGACAACAAGCUAUUAAAAAUCAACCAAUUGAUCAAAAUUCAGCAACACAUUUAAUACGUCAAGCACUUGCAUAUACAUCAAAAGGACAAUUUGAUAGUAAACUUUUAUCUGAUGUAUUAACAUUUCCUAAUCCACGUUCAAUACGUGAUGAUAUAACAAUAACAGUUGUUUAUUUUGAUCAAGAUUAUAUUGAUCAUAUACAAACAAAACAAAAGACAAAAUAG